AUAUAUAAGCAAAUGACUGAACUAUACACAAAUACAACUCACCAACAACUAAAUCGCUAGAAGCACAUGCUCUUCCAAUUUUUUACGGUUUUUUUCAAUUACAAUAUAAAAAUCAUUAUCAAUUAACGUGUUUCAUUACCCAAACAUAUAGAAAAUGUAUCUUAUGUAUUAUCUUAAUGAGCGAGGAGAACGGCAGUACACCUUGAAGAAAGUUGAUCCUAAUGGAAAACCCACAAUAUCGGCACACCCAGCUCGAUUUUCUCCAGAAGACAAGUAUUCGAGGGAAAGAAUCACACUAAAACGUCGCUUUGGAUUAUUGUUAACUCAACAGCCAAUGCCUACAUAUUAAUUAAAAAAUUUUGUAAGAUUCAUUUGAUUUUGA